AUGACCACAAAUACUCCAUCAGAGCCAGCUUCAUCGGAAGGACCACCAAACCCACCUCACACCUUCGAUCGCAGUACACCCGACCAACAAGAAAUCACCGCAAUCCUUGCCAAAUUCAACAAAGAUCCUCUUGAACUCAGCGUUGUAUCCCUGGGCAAGGAUGGCGUUCUACGAAACCUAUCGGCGGAUCGCGCCGUCCUUAAUGCAGUUGGACUAAACCCACGGCUGGUGAAAGCGUUCUUGGACCGCGUGCCUCCAGACUACCGCGCGCUCACGCCAGAACUUGAGGAUGCUGAUGGGUCGAAGGCGACGGAUGGGGAAAUGUGGCACCCGGAUCCGGAACUGCUGCCGCGACCUAUGGGAGAGGAACAGAAGAAGAAGGCGUUGGCGAGUUCACAGGAGAAUUAG